GUUCAUCCAGCAUCACGUGACACAGAAAAUACUCCUUGAAUUUCCGGAGAAAGUCUGUUUGAUGGUCGUUUAUAAAUAUUACAGGCAUCAUGUCAUCCAGCACUGCUCAAAAUCUCUGGAUAGCAGCUGUCCUUCUGGUGUUUCUUGUUCUCAUAGACGUGAUUUCAUUCGCAUAUGCAGAUAAAAGUUUUGAAGAUGUGCGUUGCAAGUGUAUCUGUCCACCCUACAGAAAUAUCAGUGGACAUAUCUACAAAAAGAACGUGUCCCAGAAAGACUGUAACUGUCUGCAUGUGGUGGAGCCCAUGCCAGUGCCUGGCCAUGAUGUGGAGGCCUACUGUCUGCUCUGUGAGUGCAAGUAUGAAGAACGAAGCAGCAACACCAUUAAGGUGACCAUUAUAAUCUACUUGUCAGUGGUUGGAGCUCUUCUGCUGUACAUGCUGUUUCUGCUUCUAGUUGAUCCUCUGAUCCGCAAACAUGAUCCGUACACCAUGCCACUGCAGAACGAGGAGGAUUCUGAGGAUGUGAGGCUGCGUGUGGAUGGUUUACACGGUCGUGGAAACACUGUGCUGGAGAGGGUAGAGGGAGCUCAGCAGCGCUGGAAGAAACAGGUCCAGGAGCAGCGCAAGACUGUGUUUGACCGCCACAAGCUGCUCAGCUAAGCCCUCAGACAGACUAGCUGCGAAAAAAGGCUAAUGGGUACCACUGACUGAGACAGCUUGCAUGGUGGUCUUAUAGUUUCAGCUUUUAUGACAAUAUGUUUUAUCAGUGGGCCUGCAUUAUCAUUAGUAUUAUAAUCUUACCAAGACUGACUUGAUUCUAGCUUUCAAACUGAAGCUGUGACCACAUAAAGCAACUUGUUUAGUUUGCUUGCUGUUAACAUAAAUUAAGAGAAUCAGCCAGCUCCAGUUGGUCUCACACCUACAUUUUUCACCCAAUAACUUGAAUAUAUCGGAGCUGUCACUACUUUGCUUUGAAAUAGCAUUGCAAAAGAUGGGAUUACAUGGAAAGCAGUGUAAUCUGGGAGUAUUGAUGUGGACCUCUAUAUAAUAUAGAUGCGCUUAUGAAUGUGUAGAGUGUCAUUGCACUGUUGUAGUUUCAUUUUGAAUUACCAAGAAAAUGUAUUGAAUGAUUUCCAUUCAUGUAGGUAUGUAUUUAUUUAUUUAUUGCUUGUUUGUCUGUUUGCCAGUUGAUAAUACCAUUUAGGAUGGCACUUGUCACAAGCAUGUCUUAAAUGUCAUAUUAUAAUGAAAUAUUUAAAAAUGUGUAUAUUCACAAUAGUGAAGGGGCUUUAAGUGAUCAGCACUGUUGAAUAGUAUAUCAUAAGCUUCCUCUAAUGUGAUUUACACUUUUGUUGGAUUUUCUGAUUUACAGACAUCCCAAAAUAUUGAUUUUGCACCUCAAAAUGUGAAGGAAUUUGCUUUAUUAUAUUUGCUGCUCUAAUGAUUUUUCCAGUAUGUAUC